AAGACGGGAUAGACGCAAGCAGACAUUUGGGAUUUUAGUAGAGGUGGGAACCUCUGUUUAUCGAUUCCUAACAUGCAGUUCUGGGAUUUUCUGGGCUGCACCAAUGGAGAUAUUUCCAGAAUAUCGUACUACGCUGAAUAUGACGGUCAGUUAGCCCAAGCAGGACCAUCUGAGUCAGGCAUGGCUUCGUCUUCCUACCUGGAACCCAGCCUCAAUCACUCAGCAUCGGGCGGUUGUGGGGUUAAAUCCCGACCAGGAAUGCCUGGUGGUCCAGGCACAAGUGGCUCUGCAGGAGGUCUGGAGCGGCCUCCAACAUCCAUGGAUCGAGUUCUUAAGAUCUUCCAUUACUUUGAGACAAACAGUGAACCAAGCACCUGGGCAAGUAAUAUCAGACAUGGAGAUGCUACAGAUGUCCGGGGUGUUAUACAGAAGAUAGCAGAAAUCCACAAAUUACGCUGUGUCUCCUCCUUGGGGCUCCGUCUCACCCAUUUGCACUCUGAUGCUCUCCAUUGGUUACAUCCCGACCUGGGCGUGUCUCAUGUGAGGGAGCGAUUUGAGAAACAGCAUCCCCAAGAAGAGUGGAGGUAUGAGCUGCGGGUACGGUACUUUCCUAAAGGUUAUCUCAGCCAUUUCUCUGAAGACAAACCUUCUCUCAACUACCUCUAUCACCAGGUGAAACGUGAUUAUAUGCAACAAAUAGCUGACAAGAUGGAUCAAGAUGUUGCACUGAAGCUAGGCUGUUUAGAAAUAAG